AUGCACUUCUUCAACUUUUUUUCCCUUUUCCUUUUUGUGUCUUUCCUUUUUUGGUUAUUGAAAUAUUGGAAGAAUUCCAAUACCCAAAUUAGAAAAAGAUUGCCUCCUGGUCCAUGGAAACUACCCUUAAUUGGAAGCAUGUUUCAUUUGUUAGGUGGACCUCCACAUCGUGUCCUUAGAGAUUUAGCCAAAAAAUAUGGUUCAAUUAUACACCUUCAAUUAGGUGAAGUUUCUCUAGUUGUUGUUACUUCUCCUGAAAUGGCCAAACAAGUACUAAAAACUCAUGACCUCGCAUUUGCAUCUAGGCCCAUGCUUAUUGCCGCCGAGAUUGUUUGUUAUAAUGGGAGCGAUAUUGUUUUUUCUCCUUAUGGUGAUUACUGGAGACAAAUGCGUAAAAUUUGCAUCAUGGAAUUGCUUAGUGCCAAAAAUGUCAAGUCAUUCAACUCUAUUAGACAAGAUGAAGUUCUUCGUAUGAUUGAAUUUUUUCGAUCAUCUUCUGGUGAGACAGUUAAUGCCACAAAAAGGAUUUUUCAAUUUGCGAGCUCUAUGACUUGUAGAUCAGCAUUUGGGAAAGUAUUCAAAGAGCAAGAUGAACUUAUACUAUUGAUCAAAAAGGUGUCACAGUUAACGGAAGGAUUUGAUGUGGCUGAUAUAUUUCCAUCACUAAAAUUUCUUCAUGUGUUAUGUGGAAUGAAAGGUAAAAUUAUGGAUGUCCACCAUGAAUUAGACGUCAUUCUUGAAAACAUCAUCAAUGAGCACAAGAACAAUGGUGAAUUAGGAGGUGAAGGUUUAGUUGCCGCACUGCUAAGAGUAAUGAAAGAGGGAGGCCAUCAAUUUCCAAUCACCAAUGACAAUAUCAAAGCUAUUAUUCUUGACAUAUUUGGCGGGGGAACAGAAACUUCAUCAGCAACAAUUGAUUGGACCAUGGUGGAAAUGAUGAGGAAUCCCAAUGUAUUCUCCAAAGCUCAAGAAGAGGUAAGAAACGCCUUUAAAGGUAAAGAAACUUUUGAUGAAAAUGAUGUCGAAGAAUUGAAAUACCUAAAGUUGGUCGUUAAAGAAAGUUUCAGACUCCAUCCUCCGUUUCCCCUUUUGCUUCCAAGAGAAUGUAGGGAAGAAGUAGACAUAAACGGUUACACUAUUCCUUUUAAAACAAAAGUUAUGGUUAAUACAUGGGCUAUUGGAAGAGAUCCUAAAUAUUGGAAUGACGCAGAAAGUUUUAAACCUGAAAGAUUUGAGGACAACUCUAUGGAUUUUGUUGGUAACAAUUUUGAGUAUCUUCCUUUCGGUAGUGGAAGAAGGAAUUGCCCCGGAAUAUCAUUUGGCUUAGCUAAUGUUUAUUUUCCAUUGGCUCAAUUGUUGUAUCACUUUGAUUGGAAACUUCCUAAUGGAAUCAAUUCAAGUGAAUUGGACUUAACUGAAUCUGCUGGAUCAACUUGUGCUAGAAAAAGUAACCUAUACUUGAUUGCCACUCCUUAUCAAUAGCUAGCC